AUGUUUGGAGUUAGCAAUGUCACCAAUAGAAUGGAUCCAAAUAGUCUUAGAUCUCGACUUUUCGUGGGGAAUCUUAAUACCAUUUACAUGCAGAAACAUGAACUUGAGGCCAUUUUUCAAAAGUAUGGACAAGUCAUAGGUAUUUCAGUCCACAAGGGAUACGCAUUCGUUCAAUAUUCAAACGAACUGAGUGCUCGUGCAGCUUUAAAUAAUGAAGAUGGAAAAGUUUACUUUAACAUGGAGUUAGGUGUGUUAAUUUUUUCUGCUUUCGUCAUUUUAAUCAAUAAUUAUACCAAGAUCUUUAUUUUAGAUGUGUCUUUUGUUAAUGAAUCGAAAAACCGCAAGCGUGGCCGCUCUUAUGCAGGAGCUUUAUUAUGGUUUGUUCUAUUCCCCGUUAUUGUUUUAUUUUCAAAUAGUGAUCAACCAAAUUUGGCAGAGCUUUCUUUUCAAAAUCAAGCUGCCUUAGCUGCUAUCGGUGGCCAGUUUUCUCAGCUUGGUUUUCUCCCUCAGCUACAGAGUUCGCAACAAAAUCGACACCUUGGUUUCAAUAUUCCUGGAAUCAUCGGAUCUCCUCUGCUUGCUACUUGUACGUGCCAUGAAACUGCACCAUCUAAUCACGUUGUUUCAACUUCACAGCAUAAAUGCCGUACUACCCUUGCGUCUCAAUCAGUUGAUACUGGCAAAAAAGCAAAAAGAACUCGGCUAGAAAAUCCUGCAUUGAUGCUUUCCUUAAAUAAAUUAUCAUCUGCUGAUGUUCCUCAUCAUGAAUUCUCUUCGAAAUCGCCAAUAUCCGUUGACUCGUCUUCUCCAAAUCCCAAAUCCAAACGCCUAAUUAUACCAAGAUCUAAUGAUUCUUCCAUUUCUGAAAAAUUUUCGGAUAUGACUGUUAAUAAUGAGCGGCGUCUGCGGUCAUGUGAGCGUUAA